UCCACCUCAUUCAAAAGGAUUAACCCAGCUGCAUGUAGAGAAGAGAUUUCCCAUCCAGGUUUUGUUCUUAAUCCAUCAUAGUGCCUUUUUUCUACCAGGUGGUGGUUAAUGUUCUUUCGAAUGCACAAGCAUGGGGCAUGGCUUCUGUGCCUUUGCCUGGUCUUUACCUGCAGCUAACUAGUGUUUCUGUUCCAUCCGGCAUUCAAAAAAUGCUCACAGGUGAAAGGCUUUGCCAGUCCAAGUCUCACAAGGCUGCUGUCCUCACAGCCCUGAACCAGCAGAGACAUGAUGGGAUACUCUGUGAUGUCACCCUGGUUGCUGAGGAACAGAAAUUCCAUACCCACAAGGCAGUCCUGGCAGCAUGCAGUGACUAUUUCAGGAUAAUCAUGUUUAGUCUGUGCAUGGUGGAAAGUGGAGCUGAGGAAGUGAAUUUGCACGGUGUCACCAGUGUGGGACUGAAGCAGGCUCUAGACUUUGCUUACACAGGGCAGAUCUUGUUGGAUCCCGGUGUGAUACAGGACGUGUUGGCUGCAGGGAGCCAUCUUCAAUUGCUGGAGCUCCUCAGCUUGUGUUCCCACUAUCUCAUCCAGGAGCUGAACAGCUUCAAUUACCUUGACAUGUACAAGCUGGCAGACCUGUUUAACCUGCCGUUGCUGGAGGAGGCUGUGGUGAGCUUCCUGGUGAAGCACCUGUCCGAGCUGCUCAGCAGUCGCCAGGAAGAGGUGCUGAUGCUUCCCUACCGUCUCCUCAGGGAGGUGCUCAAGAGCGACCAGCUUACAUCUCCCAGCGAGGAGCAGAUCUGGCAGGUAGGCAGCAACCUGCUCAGCAUUACAGCAAGAGCUGGGAACUGGGAGAGCUUUCACACCGGAUAUCACCCCACUCUAUAG